ACAAAGCGGGUUCUCAAAUCGCGACCGCAAAGCUCUUCCAGCCUCCAGGAUUUUCUCCCCAUUUCUGGUGCGAAGUCCGCUGGAGGAGCGUGUGGCGAGAGGAAGAGCACAGUGCGGUGGGAGUGAGGGACUGAGGGAGGGGCAUGGUCGCAUGGAGGCGCAGGGUCGCUGGGCAGGAGAAAGAGAAACCCGCCGCAGCUGCGGUGGCGGCUCUAACUAUGUAGCCAAGCACGUCGGAAUCCAAAACCAGGUCUUGAAGUGGCUGCAGCAUUUCUCUGACAGGGUGGAGGAGAGAGCUAAAGAGGCUGCGACGGAGGUGAAUGGGCUGCUGGAGGAGGCCGGGGCGCUGGAGCUGGACAUGAAGACUACUGUACUAGCCUUCGACAACCUCACCAGGAAAAGGUUCACUGAACAUAAAGUUUCUGAUGAAGAUCAUAUCAACUUGAAAACAAGAGACAGUAUACGAAGUUCUACUCAGUCACAAGUGCGAGCUCAGGAUUGUGAACGUGAUAUCUUACCAAGAUACAAAGAAGCAUUACAUAUAGGACUUGCUUCCUGUAAGGAUCACUUUCAAAAGAAAGGCCGAUUGACCACCUCUGUUUUCAGGGCUAUGUCGACAUACAGUCCUCUCCCGCAUAUUAUUGGUUCUGAAGAGUAUAAUCAUGAUAGUAGCUGUGGCUUGGCAGAUGAUGCACAAACUAUGACUAAUGACUUCAGCUGGUUGCGAGAGUUUCAAGGGGAGUCUUCAGACUCUGGACCUGAUGAUCUAUUUGGAUCUCAAACGCUUGGAGUGCAGCAAGGUUUUGAAAAGGGGGAAACAGACUCUCUAGUAUCUGCUUCACGAGAAUUUAGAGCAAUGUUGGAAGCUGCACUUGUUAAUCCUUACAAGUUCUAGGAUGAUGCGAGUACUACAGCACGAGGUGCUUCCGUAGAGAAUACAAGCACAAGUGAAGUACACCAUAACACAGACCCAGCUUUGGCAACCAGGAUGGGUGGAGCAGCGGGUGAAAGAACAAAAGCAGAUAAUGCUGAAGAGGCUGAACUUCUGGCAAGCUUACAAAACCCAGACAUCAAUGUUCGUGACAUCUAUUCUGCCUUGGUUAGAGAGGGACUGUUUGAUGCCGGUGAUGAGAUACUAGCCAUGGACCCGGCAUCAGGAUCAGAUAAUCCUGCAGUUACUGAUUCAGCUGAAAGUCCCUCCCUGGUGAAUGAAACUGUUCUAAAUGAGGACGAUGAAAAAUUGAUUGAAGAUGAUAAUGCCGCAUUGCCGUCUGAGAAAGAUGAAAGUUUCUGAAUCAUCCUAGGCCUGGCUUUGCUGAUAUUGGUUAAUUCUGUUGGGGGUGCCUUUUGCCUUUCUUUUCCCCUCCCAUCCUGCUCGUAAUUAUUUUUCUAGAAUAUAAUGAAGUGACAAGGUCUUAACAGAGAUAGAGACGCCGUGAAUUUUGUCUGUCAUUUCUGUCCGUAUUUUGUUACUACUAGAAAUUUGGUGGACUGUGCAUUGGGUAACAAAACUGUGCAUUCUAUUGUCAGUGUGACUGUCAUUACUGAAUCGGUGUGGCAACAUCUGGAAAGAGCAGCAUCGGUACAGUGGCAGGCAGAAGAUGCGUACCCAUGCCAAAAUCUUAUCGGGCGUGCGUGCGCCGCUUCAGUUAGCUUCAGUUACAAAGUAGGCAGUUUGGAAAUCUUCAGCAAAGCCACCAGGAAUGUCUCUCCAACACUAACAACGCCAAAACUAGAGAGCAUCUCCAACAACUUUGUAAAAUUCACUUGCUAAAUCUUGGAUUAUAACUAGUUGCUAAUUUAUUUGGCAAGGGAAAAAAAGAUGUGUCUCCAACAAAUUGCUAUUCUCACUUAGAGGAAUGGAAUCCACUUGUCAUUGUCUAUUUCUUCUUCCCCUUCCUCCAGGAAGGCGCUUCCGGCGGCCGCUCUUCCCCUGGUCCCCGGCGGCCUUGUCCGCGCGGCCACCGCCGUCAUCCGGAAAGCUGGUGGCCCGUGGGCAUGCGACCGCGACGCCGCAGCUGCUCCCCGUGCUGUCUGGACGUUUGGUCACCUCCGCUCAUGGUCGCUUGCUGCACCUCCUUGUCCGGUUCCUGCUCCGCCCGGCGCCGCGGGAUCCCGGCGACGCGUACGGUGGCGACGCGAACGCCACCACGUUCCAGGGACAGCUCCAGCAGCUGUUCCACCUCCACGACGCCGGUGUCGACCAGUCCUUCAUCGAUGCGCUGCCGGUGUUCUUGUACGGCGCCGUGGUCGGCGCCGGCGGGAUUCGACUGCGCAGUGUGUCUCUGCGAGUUCGCGGACGACGACCGCCUCCGCCUCUGCGAGUUCGCUGCAGCCCGCUGGUGUUCCUGUGAAGCUCGGCAAGUUCAGAAGCCAGCAGGCCUCCGUCUCUGCGAGUUCGCUGCAGCCCGUUGGUGUUCCUGUAGUGGAUGACGAAGUUGAUGAGGGGUUCUUUUUGCAGCGGAGGGAGAUUGCAGCAGCGAUACGCGCGGAUAGGGAGUGCGGAUGUAUAUGCGCGCGGCGACGAUGUUUAGCAAGUUGGAAUAAAUAUCAAGUUGAUUUAGAGAGUUGUUGGAGAGGAUUUUUUUGUGUUUUUGCCAAGUUUAUAAGAAUACCAAGUUGAUUUAUGGAGUUGUUGGAGAUGCUA